CCGAGUUACUCGGAAUUUCUGCUUGGGUAAUGGAGAACCCUUCACGCAGUGACGUCACCGGAGCUCAUUGAACUUGCACAGCAUCGAAUAUCGUCCAGAAAUAUUCUCUACUCCUCCAAAUCUGUUGAUUCUCGUUUGACAAGCAUCAGCAAAGAUCUCUCAAUAUGCGGAGUGCAGUUUGUACCCUGCCAAAUUGGGAAUUUCAGCUGAUGCAUGGGAAAAUUGUGAACUAGCGGAGUUAAGUGCAGUUUAUUCCAGGAUACUAUUAGCAAGUUGAACAAGAUGUGAGCUAAAACUCCUAAGAUUUGAUGCUGGUUUCUCGUUCUCGCAUACUGGUUUAUAGUCAUAAGUGCUGCGCUUUUUCUCGACUUUUUCCAUUGAGACUUGUGUUCAUAAAAUCUUCUGUUCUAAGCGAUCCCCAGCUCAGUUUCAUUCCAAGCUUCUGCGAUGCCACUUGUGUGCGAUCUUCGUUAAGUCGGAUUCCCCGUACUGCAAGCUGGAAAAAAUAGAAACCGUGACCAGAAACAGUAACCGCCACUCGGAUUGGAUUAUUACCUGACGACCAGCAGUGGAUGCCGCACCAUGCCCACCAUCGAGCACAAGCUAAACAUCACCGAGGAGGAGGUUCCGGAGCACAUCCGCCGACUUGCCCAGGAGCAGGGAGAGUGUCCCAGUUCCAAGGAUAAGGUCAUCGAACAAUUCCGUAACUACAUACUAGAACAUAAUGAAUGCCAACCACACAGAAGUGAUGCGAAGUACCUGGAGAAAUUCCUAAGAGCCCGCUACUGGAAAAUCGAGAACAGUUACAAAUUGCUCUGCAGUUACUACAGGUUUCGGGAGCAGAACAAAAGCUUUUAUGAGAAGGUUCGUCCUCUGGACCUGAGACAUGUUGGGCAAUCGGACAUCCUGACAGUGACUCCCUAUCGGGAUCAACAUGGCCAUAGGAUACUCAUCUACCGAUUCGGACUGUGGCGACCCAAUCAAGUAACCGUCGACGAUAUAUUUCGCGCCACCAUUGUCCUGCAGGAACUGGGCAGCCUGGAACCCAUCUCACAGAUUGUCGGAGGAGUGGGAAUAUUCGAUCUGAAGGACCUGGGCUUGGAACACAUACUCCACCUGAGUCCCAGCGUGGCUCAGAAGAUGAUUGCUCUACUAGUGACCUCCAUGCCCAUUAGAACAUCCGCCCUUCAUAUUGUAAAUCAGAAUUGGGUCUUCAACGCGGCAUUCAAGAUAUUUAAACCUUUCCUCAACGCCGCUAUGCGAGAAAAGCUAUACAUCCAUGGCAGUGACAUGACUUCCCUGCACAAACACAUCAACCCAGAACAUCUUCCCAAGCGCUAUGGUGGCUUGCACGAGGACUACUCUUAUACGCUCUGGUUGGAUAUGCUGAAGGAGCAGUGUUCGGGCAAUAGUAUCCAAAAGGAUAUGGAGCAAUUGGGAUUCAUCUUUGACUAGGCUUCAUGCCUUGUUUAAAAUGAUAUGCUUGAUACUUGUAUUUUUGUACUACAUAUAUGUUAAGUAAUGAUACCAGAAUCAAUUGAAGCAAAGUAGGUGAUAUUUUAAAUAUUAAAGAAUUUCGAAAAUU